ACGAACAGACCAAAGGUAACCAAAUCACAAGUGUGGUGUAUUACGUUUCAUAAAUAUUGUGGAUUAUAAAGUGAUACAGCAAGUGACACACAAAAAAUGCCUGGUUGUUGUGUACCUCAUUGCACCAAUUCCACUGAAAAAGGCUUUUCGAUGAGGCGUUUCCCAUCAAACUUACAGCGAAGGACAAUAUGGGUGAAAAAUAUUAAUAAUCAAUCAUCAGAGUGGCGACUAACUAAAAACUCAUAUGUAUGCGAAACCCAUUUUUCGGCAGAAAUGUGGGAAAAAGUGCGCGUUGAUGGCAAAAGGAGGCUAAAAAACAAUGCGGUUCCAAUAAUUUUUCAUCUUCCAGAAAACGGUGGAAUUUCUACAAGUGAUUUUUUUCCCAUUGAGAUUCCUUCUACAUCAUCAUCGAAGCGUCUUCUCACAGACAUUGACACAAUCGAUACAAAUGCAAUAAAUAAUGCAAAGAGGUUGCAGAAAAGUACAAUAGACGAAGUAGAUGUUCCAACAGAUGACUCAAAGAUACUUGCAAGUGACAAUAUAAAAGGACCGAGAAGAAACCUGGAUGAAACAAGUAAAAAAUUUGAGACAAUUAUUCGUAAACAAGACAGAACAAUUAAUAUUCUUCGGCAGCGUAUACGACAACUGAGGAAUUCUAUUCAGUUACUUAAUAAACAAAGGCCCCAAAUUCUUUUGGCACCAAAGUUCUUACAAAAAGUAUUUAAUAAAGAUCAGAUAGAAUAUCUUAAGGCUAAAUAUGAAGGACGCCAUAUAUAUAAAUGGACAGGUGAAACUAUUAAAAAAGCACUACGGCUUAAACAUGCAUGUGGAGAUAAUGGAUACAAGGAAUUAUUACGUCAAUGUUUUCCUUUGCCUGCAAUUCGUACCCUGCGUAAUCGCCUGGAAUGCAUUUCUUUUAAAGAUGGAAUUUGUGAUGAAGUUUUCGAUUUAUUAAAAGAGAAGGUAUCAAACUUUCCGGAUGAACGACAUAGCGAUUGCAUGAUUUGUGUUGAUGAAAUGAGUUUGACACCAGGUGAAUAAAUAGAUCCUUGCACCAAUCA